UGUCUAUUUGCUGAUUUUAUUUUUUAGGGGUUGAUUUUGUACUAAUUUAAAAUUUGUUUUAAUUUUUUUAGGUGACAGAACCUUUGGUAAGGGUUCUUCGUAUGGUGGAUGGAGAGGGCAUGCCAAUGGGUUUCAUUUAUGAGGCCAUGGAUAGGGCCAAAGAGGCCAUUUCACAUUACUAUCGUGUAAAUACAAGAAAAUGUGAAAUCCUUUGGCGCAUCAUUGAUCGUAGGUGGACAAACCAACUCCACCAACCGAUACAUGCCUUCGCCUACUUUUUGAACCCGAAAUUCUACUUCUCUGAUUCAUUUAGGGCUGAUGAGGAGGUCAUGGCAGGUGUUAUUACAUGCAUUGAUAAGAUGACACCUGAUCCUGAGUUGAGAGACAAGGUUCUUGAUGAGUUGGAGAUCUACAAAAGUGCAAAGGGGAGACUCUUCUCAUCACAACUAGCAAUUGAUAGGAGAGGAAAACAACAACCAGAUUUAUGGUGGGAGAAUUAUGGUGCCGGCACGCCUAAUCUUCAAAAGAUAGCUAUCCGUGUUUUGUCUCAGCCAUGUAGUGCUUCUGGGUGUGAACGAAAUUGGAGUGUCUUUGAGAGCAUUCACACAAAGAAGAGAAAUAGAUUGUCACAAAAGCGGCUCAAUGAUCUAGUAUUUGUUCGGUACAACCUUCGCCUUCGAGUUAGACAGGUGGAGGGUGUUUCACAUGAGGCCAUUGACUUGGAUGAAAUUGAUCCAUAUGGUGAUUGGACCAUGAAUGAACAAAAUGAUGGUGAUGAUGUCCUCCUUACCGAAGAAGAAAUUGCAGAAAUAGAGAGAGGAGCAGCACAAGAUGCAGAAGGAGCAAGAUUGGAUGAAAUGGAGGAUGAAGAUGAGGACGAAGAUGAGGAUGAUGAUGAGGACUUUGACUUUGAAGAAGAAUCAUCUCACCAUUUAGCUACCACAACACCCACUGCUACUACUUCUAGCUCAAGGCCUGAAAAAUUGAGCUAUAUUAGGAAAAAUACAAAGAGGAAGAUGUAGUCUUCUCUUUGGUUUGUUCAUUCACAUUGUUGUUUUUCACAUUUGGAGUUGGACUUGGACAUAUCAUUAUAUGUAAUUUUGUGAACAUUUAUAUACUUAUGCUGCCAUUAUACA